CUGCCUGGGGAGCCCCCCCGCCCCACAUCCUGCCCCUCCAAAGGCAGCUUCACCAAAGUGGGGUAUUUCCAGCCCUUGUAGCUUUCACUUCCACAUCUACCAAGUGGGCGGAGUGGCCUCCUGUGGACGAAUCAGAUUCCUCUCCAGCACCAACUUUAAGAGGUGAGCCAGGGGUUCAGGGUCCCAGAUGUACAGAAGCAGCAGGAGGAGCUGUCAGGAAGAUCAGAAGCCAGUCAUGGAUGACCAGCGCGACCUGAUCUCCAACAAUGAGCAACUGCCCAUGCUGGGCCGGCGCCCUGGAACACCGGAGAGCAAGUGCAGCCGCGGAGCCCUGUACACAGGCUUUUCCAUCCUGGUGACUCUGCUUCUGGCUGGCCAGGCCACCACUGCCUACUUCCUGUACCAGCAGCAGGGUCGGCUGGACAAACUGACAGUCACCACCCAGAACCUGCAGCUGGAGAACCUGCGCAUGAAGCUUCCCAAGCCUCCCAAGCCUGUGAGCAAGAUGCGCAUGGCAACCCCGCUGCUGAUGCAGGCGCUACCCAUGGGAGCCCAGGGGCCCAUGCAGAAUGCCACCAAGUAUGGCAACAUGACGGAGGACCAUGUGAUGCACCUGCUCCAGAAUGCUGACCCCCUGAAGGUGUACCCGCCGCUGAAGGGGAACUUCCCGGAGAACCUGAGACACCUUAAGAGCACCAUGGAGACGUUGGACUGGAAGGUCUUUGAGAGCUGGAUGCACCAUUGGCUCUUGUUUGAAAUGAGCAAGCACUCCUUGGAGCAAAAGCCCACUGAGGCUCCACCAAAAGUACUGACCAAGUGCCAGGAAGAGGUCAGCCACAUCCCUGCUGUCCACCCGGGUUCAUUCAGGCCCAAGUGCGACGAGAACGGCAACUAUCUGCCGCUCCAGUGCUAUGGGAGCACCGGCUAUUGCUGGUGUGUCUUCCCCAACGGCACGGAGGUCCCCAACACCAGAAGUCGCGGGCACCAGAACUGCAGUGGUAAGCAGUCGCACUGUGCCAGUGUCAGAGGACCAGGAAGGACUAGGAAGGUUGAGGGGCAAGAGGUCCCCUCUGAAGCUCAUGGGACCAGGACACCCGGGAUGGCAGUUCCUGGGGGCAGUGACGUAGUCAUGCAUCCAGCCCCUUAUCCAUCCACCCAUCUGUGUGUUCCUAUUUGUCCAUUUGUCAUCUCUCCUCUUACAUCCACUCAUCUAUUUGUUCACUUAUCCGUCAGUCCUUUCAUCUGUGAAUUUCAUCCAUCCACGCACCAUCCUCUAGCAAGGAGGAGUCCUACAGGCCCACCCAUCUCAUUUCAUCACCCUCUUCUCACUCAAGCCCCCAUUAUACCUCUUCGUUGCUGCUUGCAGCUGUCCUUCCCUGGACACCUGCUUUCCCAGGCACUAAGCCUGCGGCUAGGUGGGAAGCACUGCCCUCAGGUAUCUUGGGUCAGGUAGGCUGCACUUCAAGUGACAAAUGGACUUGCUGCUCCUUUGCAGAGUCACUGGAACUGGAGGACCCGUCUUCUGGGCUGGGUGUGACCAAGCAGGAUCUGGGCCCAGGUAAAGGCCUUACAGAGGGGCAUCUGGUCACCAACAGCUCAUCCCCGGCGGGGUCAGCUCCUUUGUGGGCAGGUGAAGGAGUGUGAUGCUGGGCCACUCUCCAACAUCCCUGGAAUGUCCAUUUCACAGAUGGAGGAACAGGGUUGGGGGGCUGUGGGGAGUUAUACAAAUCCAUGAUGGUCAUUACUUGGACCCAAGCAGGGGGCAGGGGAGGGUGGGCAGUCCUUAACGGCUCUGCAGGUCCAGGAUGUUAGGAAGGGACAGGGACAACAAAUGCGUGACCCCAACCUCAACCUGCUGCUUCUUUCUCCAGUCCCCAUGUGAGAGCAGCAGAGGCGGUCUUCCACAUCCUGCCGGCCCCGCACAGCUACAGCUUUCUUGCUCCCUUCGGCCCCCAGCCCCUCCCCCAUCUCCCACCCUGUACCUCAUCCCAUGAGACCCUGGUGCCUGGUUCUUCGUCACCCUUGGAAACGAAAAACCAAGUCGGAACAGCAGAUAACAACACAGCAAGGCCCCGCUGCCCAACUCCAUCUGUCAACAGGGGCGUGAGGUCCCAGGAGGUGGCCAAAAGCUAGACGGAACCCCAUUCCUGACAUCACAGCAGCCUCCAACACAAGGCUCUGAGAUCUGGGCUCAUGGACAAGGUGGGAAGGCACAGGAAGAAGGGAUAACCCUACCCCCAGGCUGACUGUCCCUUCCCCUCUGGCCUUUGGCCUCGGCUUUUCUAGCCUAUUUACCCGCAGGCUGAGCCACUCUCUUCCCUUUCCCCAGCAUCACUCCCCAAGGAAGAGCCAAGAUUUUCCACCCAUAAUCCUUUUUGCUGACCCCUAGUUCCCUCUGCUCAGCCAAGCUUGUAUCAGCUCUCAGGGUCAUGGUUAGAAUAAAAGGUAGUAAGUAGAA